CGACAAAGCCACUUUCAAUAGAUGCAGCCACAUAAAUGGUCGAUGGGCCAUUGCAACUCAACCCAACCACAUGCAUGUACCAUGGCACCCUUGUCCACAUGCACUCAUUCAGUUGUCUGGCGGCUUGUAGAACAUCUCGGCGUACUGUGUCCUGAAUGCGUGCAUGAUGAUGCCCCCCGCCACCCCCACAUUGAGCGAAUCCAUCAGCUCACUCAUCGGCAAGGCCACCCUGACACCACACACACACACACACACACACACACGCAUACACAGAGAGAGAGAGAGAGAUCUAUACGUGUGUGUGUGUCGGUACAACCCAUUUCUGGCCAGGGCGUCGCUUGCUCACUUGGCGCAAUUGUUGAGUAGCAACUCUGAGGGCCCCGCUGAUUCGUUGCCCAGAAUGACGCACACGCCCCUGUAAUGCGGGGGGACUGACAACAGACAACAACAACACCAACAAACACAUAUGAUCAGUGCAGUGCCCUCCCUUCAAGUGCGCCGCGCCCUGUGUGUGUGUUCAGGUUCCUUCCGCCUCCAUCCCAUCCACCCACUUGGUAUCUCUUGAGGCGGUCUUCCCUGAACGUGUGCGACGAGGGGCAGGAGCUGCUCCUGUCGGCAGACGUCCAACAGCUGCCCACUCGUACCUGCACAGCACACGUGAGUGACAUGAAUGACACGUGCGGUGGGAUGCGAUGCGAUGCGUGCGUCAUGUCAUGUCAUGUCAUGUAUGUGCAAACGUCGGUCGCAUCGCUCGCUCACCUUUCAUGUAGGGCAUCAGGAACGCAGUGGCCUGGCUGGACUCCUGUAAACAGCCACACAGAGACAGACAACAGACACAAACCGCACACACAUGUCACUAAUUGGGCAUCCCAUGCCCUUCCCUGUUUGCUCGACAACUCACAAGGACUCUGUUGUUGAAUGGGUCGGCGGUGCCGUCGACGAAGAAGAGCCCGUCGUAGCCAAGGGCAGCAGCGUUGGUCAGCAACAGACCCAGGUUGUGCACGUAACGAACACGGUCAAAUGCCACCAGAUACCUGCACACACACACGCACGCCGACACAUGCGCCGCAGAGUGCACACACAUGCCCGCACCGCAUCCCCUGCUCUCUGUGCCGGCCGACCGAGGGCUGUCGAACUGCUCCACAGGGAGCGGCAUGGUCAUCUCGCCCACACACGCGGUCUCCCGCUCGCUGUCGGUGCAGCAGAUCCACUCCAGCAGCGACCUCUCCACCACAUAGAUCAGCCGUGCGGCCCGCCGCGCCCUCAGCCGCUCAGCCAGACCCCUGUCGCUCGUCAGAACCAUCCUGAAGGGAAAUGGCAGGCCGAUCUGGCACACGCGGUCGCUCUCCGCCCCUGUCAACUGGCCUUCAUUCUCCCCCAGCCGGCCUUCCCUCUGGGCAAAGUAGAUCCGGUCGUCGUUGAUGGCUUCCGCGAGGCUGGUCACGAGCUGCUCGCCCUUGACGAUCAGCCUCCCACAUGUGUGUCGGUAGUUGGUCUUGCGCUUGAGGCGCAUGAGGUGCCUGACGAGGCGGCUCUUCUUGUGGAAGUGCUUGGUCAUGACUAUCGACGCGCCCAGCGACUCGCUGUCCGGCACUUUGCCGGUGUCAUCGAUGCGGAAGCGGCAGAGGUCCGCGCGGCGGUGCUUGAUGGCCGAGUGGGAUGGCAGCCAAUCCAGCGGCCGUGAUGCUGAUGAUGACAUUGAGAUAACGUCUGCGUCUGGAGCCUGUGAUGAUUGCGCCGGAUCGGCCUGUGCGGUGAAGAACCUCCGCCGAAUGGCGACGCAAUCGGCUGUUGCGGUGAUGGGGAUGCAGGGUGGAUGAAUAAGAGCAGCUCCUCGAAGCGGUUGAAGCCUCCCCAUCG